AUGCCGAUGACACUGUUGUAUCAGUAUUACUCUGGAAAAACGUCAAAAGAAAUUAUCAAAAUUUUGAAUGAUGAUUUACAGGAGCUGGGUAAAUGGUUCAAGAAAAAUAGUCUGGUUAUUAAUAUGAAGAAGGGAAAAACAGAAUUCGUUCUCUAUGGAACUGCAAAACGUAUUGCGAUACAACAAUCUAGCGGUGAGCAAAUCAAUGUGACUAUUUGCGGUGAAAACGUUAAUCAAUCUGCAUCAUAUGAUUACCUGGGUGUGACUUUGGACAGUAAAUUAACUUUUACUGAAUACUUUACAAGAAGGGCUCUACGAGACUAAAACUGCUAUCCACUGUACGUGAGAGUAUCUCGCCAUAUGUUGCUGAAACAAUUUAUCGCGCUAUGAUUGAGCCGGUUUGAUGUACUGCAGUGAAUAUUUUUAGGUGAUGAGUGGCAAAGUUGUCAUAAACUGCAGAAUCUUCAGGAGCGUGCGAACAAGAUCAUUUUUGGAAAAAAAUGCCCGAAAUACACGAAUCCCUCUUAAAAAUCGAAGAGAAAUGGAUGUAGCUAUCACAAUUUUUAAAUGUAUACAUGAUCUUUCACCGUUGGCGUCCUGUUUAGGCUUUUCUAAGCUGAAUCAUGGGAAGAAUACCCGAGGAAAUGGAUUGAAUCUUGUCCUACCGAAGGUCAGAACAGAAUCUGGGAAAAAAGAAACAUUUGCAUUUCAAGGAACUAAGUUGUACAAUAAGUUAACAAGGGAACUUAAAGAAGAAUGA